AUGACAGUGGGAGAAUAUGCUGCCAAAUUGGAGACGCUGUCAAAGCACUUUUGCUUCUUCCAAGUGCAAGUGGAUGAGCCAUAUCUGUGCAACCGUUUCAUGAGAGGGUUGCAGAAUGACAUCGAAGAGUCUGUGAGGCCUUUGGGAAUUAGAGUUUUCCAACAACUGGUUGAGAAAGCUCGUGAAGUGGAGACAAUGAAGAAUCGCCAGAGGGGCCGACCUGAAAGUGGAGGACCAAUUUGUUCUGGGCAGAGACAAGCUGGAAGGUUUGAUAAGGGCAAAGCACCGCAGAGAAAGCCUUACAACGUCCUGCUGACAGAGUGCCUUUUGCUGGGAAAGUCAGGGCAUAUUGAGAGAAACUGUCCUAAUGCCGCCAAGGCUAAGCCAGUGCUGAAUACUGCUAGAGGAAGACGACCUUCUGUUCCAGGGCAUGUGUUCGCAAUAUCUAGGGAACAUGCCGCUAUUACUGAUGACCUUAUCCAGGGUACAUGCACUAUCGCUGGAAACUCCUUAAUGGUUUUAUUUGAUUCUGGUGCUACGCACUCGUUUAUUUCUGAGGAGUGUGCGAAGAGACUAGGGUUACUAACUGUAGAGUCACCCUUCGAUUUUGUGGUGACAACUCCUGCCGCCGAUCAUCUAGUUACGCGCACGGCAUGCUUGCAAUGCCCGUUGAUCAAUGAGGAUCGGAAGUUUCUUGCGAAUCUUGUCUCCUUAGGGCUUAAAGAGCUCGAUGUGAUUCUGGGAAUGGAUUGGUUGGCGCAAUAUCAUGUCCUCUUGGAUUGUCCUAACAAGGUCGUAGUGUUUCCAAAUUCAGGCGUUACGGAUUACUUGAAUUCGUACAUCUUGAGGAAGGGCUCACCGGCAAUUGUGAACUCCAUUGUAGCUGAGGCGAAGAAUGACGGUGACGUGCGCAACAUUUUGAUAGUACAGGAUUAUGUGGAUGUGUUUCCGGAGGAUGUGCCUGGAUUACCACCAGUGAAGGAGACAGAGUUUAUCAUUGAUGUGAUGCCCGACACGGGGCUAAUAUCAAUGACGCCUUAUCGGAUGGCACCAGCGGAGAUGGCGGAGUUAGCCAAGUAG